AUGGCAUUAGUAAGUGUAACAAAUAUAAGGGUACUAAAUAACCCUUGUCCUCUUCUUUCUCCUUUUGUCUUUGAGGUACAUUUUGAAUCCCUGCAGCAACUGCAGCAAGAUGUUGAAUGGCGUGUAGUCUAUGUUGGAUCAGGGGAGCACCAUUAUCAGCAGCAGCAGCAGCAGCAGCAGCAGCAGCAGCAGAAGGAGAAGGAGAAGGAGAAGGAGAAGGAGAAGGGAGGAGAGAAACAAGGAGAUAAUAAUAAUAAUACUGCUGCUUCUUCUGCUGAUGCUUCUGCAGCAGGGGAGAAAGGGAAUCAAAAUAAUCCCAGCAGCAACAGCAACAGCAGCAGCAACAGCAACAGCAGCAGCAGCAGCAGCAGCAACAGCAGCAGCAGCAGCAGCAGCAGGAAAUUACCUACUAGAGGUGCAGAUUAUGUAUUAGAUAGUGUCUUCUUGGGGCCCAUUGGCCGGGGGGCUCUCGCCUUCGAGUUUGCUGUUAAUCCUCCAGACUUUACACAGAUGGAUAGAGGUAGCGUAGAGGGCAUGCAAGCUGUCUUAGUUUGUGGUUUAUAUAAAGGAAGAGAAUUUGUUAGGAUUGGCUACUAUCUUAAUAAUGCAUACAGCGAGGCAGCCCUACGUGAGGAUCCGCCUGAGUCUCCAAUUUAUGAGAAAUUAAUUCGUUGUGUAGUUGACGCACCAAGGGUAACUCGUUUCCCUAUACCUUGGGACGACGAAGGGGGAGGAGAGGAGGAGGAGGAGGAGGAGGAGGAGGAAGGGGAAGGGGUAGGGGGGCCCCUAAGGGGAGAGGGAGAAGGAGGGGGGCCCCUUGAGGGUGAAGGGGAAGAAGGGGAGGAGGAAGAGGAAGAGGGAGAGGAAGAGGAACAAGAGGAACAAGAGGAAAGAAGGGGCAAUAAGGUAGAUCUAUUAUUAACAGAUACAGAGGCUACUACUACAUCUACACCUAAUACACCACCUGCUGCUGCUGCUGCUGCUGCUGCUGCUGCUGCUGCUGCUGCUGGUAGUGGUGGUGGUAGUGCAGCAGCAGCAGAAGAGGAGGAGGAGGGAGGAUCCACAGAGGAAGAAGAAAAAGGAGGAAAAGGAGGGUCUAAUAGUACCCAAGGUAUUAAACGUCAAGCUGAGGCAUUGGGGGCCCCCGAAGAAGCACAGGGGGGCCCCAGGGGCCCCAAAGCACGUAAGGCAACAGAUACAGCUACUGAAUCUGCUGCUGCUGCUGCUGCUGCUGGUGAGGCAUCGCAGAAGUAA